CCUCUUGAAGCCAUGGUAGGGGGGCGUUUUCACUGAAUUUUUCCCCUUUGCAGCAUCAGUAGCAUAGAGCCAGCCUCCGACCAGACUACGCUGUUCCUGCUUGCUCUGUGGGCUGUUUUUUUUUUCUUCUAAGGUUGAGAAGCAAGAUUACGCACAGGGACAGCAAAUAUACAAAAGCAAAACAAAGCGUGCCGUCUUCCACCGUGGGGAUUUUUCUGUGUUCCGUGCAGGAGCAUCUGUGGCCAGCGCUGAUUCGGGUGAAAGGAGGACAAAACAGAGAAAGAUGUCAGCCAGAGGAGGAAAGAAGAAGGCCACCAAGCUGUCCCGUUCAGCCAGGGCGGGUGUCAUCUUCCCAGUGGGGAGGAUGAUGAGGUACCUGCGCACCGGCACGCACAAGUACCGCAUUGGUAUGGGGGCACCUGUCUACAUGGCAGCAGUUAUCGAGUACCUGGCAGCUGAGAUCUUGGAGUUGGCAGGAAAUGCAGCACGCGACAACAAGAAAGGCAGAAUAACUCCAAGGCACAUCAAGCUGGCUGUGGCCAAUGAUGAGGAGCUCAACCAGCUUCUGCGGGGAGUGACCAUAUCAAAUGGUGGGGUCCUUCCUCGCAUCCACCCAGAGCUGCUCUCCAAGAAGAGGGGGGGCCGGGUGAAAGUUGACAAUCAAGCCUCCGUUCCGGACAAGCAGGAAGAGCGCUCAAAGAACAAGAAACCCAUCAAGUCCUUCAAAAAGGUUAAAGGCAAACGAGGCCGCAAGCCAAAGAGCACAGACAACGAGUCUGUGCCCAACUCCACAGUGGAAGACGGUCCUGGAGAUGGAUUCACCAUCCUGUCAGCAAAGAGCCUCUUCCUUGGACAAAAGCUUUCGCUAACAGAGAGUGAAAUCAGCAAAAUUGGAACAAUCAAGGUGGAGGGGAUAAUUAACCCGACAAAUGCAGAGAUGGACCUCAAAGAUGGUGUGGGCAACGCACUGGAGAAAGCUGGAGGCCGAGAGUUUAUGGAGGGAGUCAAGGAGCUGCGAAAAGUACAGGGGCCUUUGGAGGUGGCAUCAGUGGCAGUGAGCCAGGCCAGUGGGAUGGCUGCCCGCUUCAUCAUUCAUUGUAACGUCCCUCAGUGGGGUUCAGACAAGUGUGAGGACCAGCUCGAGAAGACAGUAAAGAACUGCCUCUCAGCAGCUGAGGAGAAGAAGCUCAAGUCUGUGGCUUUCCCUUCACUUCCUGCCGGACGGAAUGGAUUCCCAAAGCAAACGGCUGCUCAGCUCAUCCUCAAGGCUAUCUCCAACCAUUUUGUGUCAUCCACCAGCUCCUCUCUGAAAAACAUUUACUUUGUUCUGUUUGACAGUGAGAGCAUUGGGAUAUACCUUCAGGAAAUGGCCAAGCUGGACGCCAAGUGAGGAUUCUGUAGUUUUAGGGGUUUGUUUUUCUAACUGUUGUUUGUUGCAGGUGGUGUAGAUAAGUGAUAUGGCAGUAGGAGAUUUGAUGUGGACUCUGUCUUGGUUAAAGAGGGGAAAAAAUGUGUGUUAAUGUUUAUGUUCCACUGUCACUUCAAGAGAUUACAUUCUUUCUAGAUUAGAUAAUUUAAACCCGUACAGUUUGCCACAAUGGUCCUUUGUUUAAAUGAUGUUUUUACAUUCCAUGUACAAAUAUAACAGUUUUUUUUCCUGGCCUCUGGAGUUUCUGAUACAGUUAGUUUACUAAAAAACUGUGGUUCAUUCUGCUUGAAAUAAAAACUCAGAUGUUUUACACCAGA